AUGGCCGGCCUCUUGGACGGGUUCAACCUCGACAGCCACGCUUAUGUCAACGUGGAUCAGUACCUCUCGGAUCACAACUUCCAGUCGCAGGUCCGGCGCAACCUCGGGUCCAAGAACUCGGAGGAGAUCCUCAAGCGAGUGACCUUCCUGGUCAGCGAGCGGCAGAAGGAGACGCCGAACGCUGCUGCCUCGUGA